AUGAGUACAGAAUCAAAGCAACAAGAGCCAAUCCUAAAGGCCUCCGAUAUUUCUGAUGAAUUGAAAGAAGAUAUAUUUAAAAUUAGUGCAGAGGCAUUAAAUACAUGCGAUUUAGAAAGAGAAAUUGCAGCAAGUAUUAAACAUCAAUUAGAUAGUAAAUAUGGUAAUACUUGGCAUGUAAUUGUUGGUAAGAAUUUUGGUUCCUAUGUUACACAUGAAAAGGGUAAUUUUAUAUAUUUUUACAUUGGUCCAUUAGCUUUCUUAAUAUUUAAGACUUUAUAA